UUUUAGCACAGUUACAGCCUUCAAGUUAUGUUAUAUUCACUGCAUACAUCUGUAAGUCUAUUAUGGUUUAGUAUUAUGAAGUUACAAUGAUCUACUCUUUCAAAGAGACACUUCAGUGUCUCAUCAUAAGAGACAUUUCAGUGUUGUCUGAAGUUCAAAUGUCAAAUAAAGUGAUCAAUGAGUUGUGUUUAUGUCCGGGACUCCAGUCUACUAUGAAUGAGGAGAGAGGGGAGGGGGGUCCUGCUUCUGAAACCACUCUAUCUGGGGACCAUGGCCACCAGAGCAAAGCUAAGAGGAGAGUUCAGCAAGAGCCAACCGAAUCCCCUGGACCCAGCGGUGUCUCCAUGGAGAAGGACUGCUCCAUGGCUAGACCUGUUGGGUUCAAUGAAGGACAACCUUUAGUAGAAGGACAACCCUUUACGAAAAGAGUCAAGCAGGAGAGAGCAGGCUCCCCUGGACCCAGCUGUGUCUCCUUGAAUACGGAUGAUUCUAGGAUUCAUCCUCUUCAAUGUAAAGAAGAGGCCCACUCCCCCGGAGAGGAGAGACAACACCAGGAGAGAUCAACGGUAACCAAUGCUCAGUCUUUACUGCAGCAUCAAACAGAGCUGAUCAAGAGGGCUGAGGAGGACGCACAAACUUUUCUAGACAAGAGGCUGAAGAAGCUGUGGAGGGUAAUUUUCCCAGAUCUCCCACAAUGCUCAGAGAGUCAGAGGGAAGAGGAGGAAGAGAUGGAUGGUAAGAAAAAUGACCAGUGGAGACGCGCCCUAAAGGGAGUGGUGGACAUCGCAAAGCUCUGCCUGAUGGAGAUGAACCAGGAGGAACUGGCUGACAAACUGUGGAGCGAAACUGUUGCUGUAGAGUGCCAAGGUAAAAUCAAGUCUCACCUGAAGAAGGUGUCUGGGUGUGUGUUUGAGGGACAGCCAGCAGGUCUGAAUGACUUCUAUAUAGAGAUUUGCAUCACAAAGACAGGCAGCGGAGAGGUCAACAUGGAGCACGAGGUCACAAUGAUGGAAACAGCUUCCAGAAAACUAGCCACUGUGGAAACAGCAAUCAAAUGUGAAGACAUCUUUAAACCCUUACCUGGAAAAGAUCUACCAAUCAGAACAAUAAUGACAACUGGAGUGGCCGGCAUUGGUAAAACAGUUUUAACACAGAAGUUCACUCUUGAAUGGGCAAAAGGCAAAACCAACCACGACAUACACUUCACAUUUCCAAUCACCUUCAGAGAGCUGAAUUUACUGAAAGUGAAAGAGUUCAGUUUGCUGGAACUUCUGCAUUACUUCUUUAUUGAGACGAAAGAAGCAGGAAUCUGUAGAUAUGACCGUUUCCAGGUUGUCUUCAUCUUGGAUGGUCUGGAUGAGUGUCGACUUCCUCUGGACUUCCAGAACAACCCCACCUUGACUGAUGUCACAGAGUCAGCCUCGGUGGAUGUGCUGCUGACAAACCUCAUCAGGGGCAACCUGCUUCCCUCUGCUCGCAUCUGGAUAACCACGCGCCCUGCGGCAGCCAAUCAGAUCCCUGCUGAGUGUGUUGACAUGGUCACAGAGGUGAGAGGGUUCACCGACCUGCAGAAGGACGAGUACUUCAGGAAGAGAUUCAGAGAGGAAACGGAAGCCAGCACAACCAUCUCCCACAUCAUGACAUCACGCAGCCUCCGCAUCAUGUGUAACAUCCCAGUCUGCUGUUGGAUCAUGGCUACAGUUCUGAAGCACUGGUUCAAAACAUCCAAGAUCGGAGAAGAAAUGCCCAAGACCCUGACUCAGAUGUACAUCCAGUUCCUGAGGGUUCAGUUCAUACAAGGCGACAGGAAAAACAUUGGAAGAGCUGGAACAAAUCCACAGUGGAGUCCAGAGGGUGGGAAGAUAAUUGUUUCUCUUGGAAAACUGGCUUUUAACCAGCUGGAGAAAGGCAACCUGAUCUUCUACGAGACAGACCUGGUAGAGUGUGGCAUUGAUAUCCAAGCAGCCUCAGUGUACUCAGGAGUGUUCACCCAGAUCUUUAAAGAGGAGUGUGGUCUCUACCAGGACAAGGUGUUUUGCUUUGUCCAUCUGAGCAUCCAGGAGUUUUUGGCUGCCUUAUAUUUCUUGAUAUCCUUCAUCGAUACUGGUGUCAAUGAGUUCUCAAAGGAACAAUCACCCUCCAAAGAAAUUUACACCAUCUGCCAGAGAGCUGUGGACAAGGCCUUAGAGAGGGAGAAAGGACACCUGGAUUUGUUCCUACGCUUUGUCAUUGGUCUCUCUCUAGAUAACAAUCAAAUUCUCCUACAAGGUCUGCUGACAAACAAACGUUCACAACAACAUCAUAUAGUCUCUCAUAUCAAGGAGAAGAUAAGUGGAGAGCUCUCUCCACAGAGAAGCAUCAAUCUGUUCCACUGUCUGAACGAGAUGAACGACAAUUCUCUGGUAAAUGUUAUCCAACAGAAGCUGAAAUCAGGGGAACAACUUUCCCCUGCUGAUUGUUCUGCUGUGGUAUUCAUCUUAAUGUCAUCAGAAAAGGAGGUUGAAGUGUUUGACCUGAAGAAAUACUGUGCCUCUGAGAAGGGUCUUCUAAGGCUGAUGCCAGUGAUAAAAGAAUCCAUGACAUCUCAGCUGAAUGCCUGUAAGCUGUCAGAGAAUUGCUGUGGAGCUCUGGCCUCAGUUCUCAGCUCAAACUUUCGGCUGAGAGAGCUUGACCUGAGGACCAAUGAUCUGCAGGAUUCAGGAGUGAAACUGCUCUCUGCUGGACUGGGGAGUCCACACUGUAAACUGGAAACUCUCAGGCUGAAUGGCUGUCAUCUGUCAGAGAGAUGCUGUGAAGCUCUGGCCUCAGUUCUCAGCUCCAACUCCUCUAAACUGAGAGAGUUGGACCUGAGUACAAAUGAUCUGCAGGAUUCAGGAGUGAAGCUGCUCUCUGUUGGACUGGGAAGUACACACUGUACCCUGGAAACUUUAAGCCUGAAUGGCUGUCAUCUUUCACAGAGAUGCUGUGAAGCUCUAGCCUCAGUUCUCAGCUCCAACUCCUCUAGUCUAAUAGAGCUGGACCUGAGUACCAAUGACCUGCAGGAUUCGGGAGUGAAGCUGCUCUCUGCUGGACUGGGGAGUCCACACUGUACACUGAAAACUCUCAGGAUGAUUGGCUGUCAUCUGUUGGAGAAAUGCUGUGAAGAUCUGGCCUCAGUUCUCAGCUCCAACUCCUCUAGUCUGAUAGAGCUGGACCUGAGUACCAAUGACCUGCAGGAUUCAGGAGUGAUGCAUCUCUCUGCUGGACUGGGGAGUCCACACUGUACACUGGAAACUCUCAGGUUGUCUGGUUGCCUGGUCACACAGGAAGGCUGUGCUGCUCUGGCCUCAGCUCUGAGCUCCAACCCCUCCCAUCUGAUUGAGCUGGACCUGAGCUACAAUCACUCAGGAGACUCAGGAGUUACGCUGCUCUCUGCUGGCCUGGAGGAUCCACGCUGGAGUCUGGACACUCUCAGUGUGGAGCACGAUGGAGUGGGGAGGCUGAUACCAGCUCUAAAGAAGUAUGCCUGUGAACUCACACUGGACCCAGACACAGCCUACAAACAUCUCCUUCUGUCUGAGUUCAACAGAAAGGUGACGAUGGUUAGGAAGGAGCAGUUGUAUCGUAAACGCCCACUGAGAUUUGACCACCAGAACCAUGUGUUGUGUAAAGAGGGUCUGACUGGCCGCUGUUACUGGGAGGUUGAGAGGGAAGGAGAUGUUUAUAUAGGAGUGGCAUACAAAGGAAUCCCAAGGAAAGAACGGAAUGCUGAAGGCUGGCUUGGCGAGGACAACAAGUCCUGGAGUCUUUAUUGUUAUGAUGGUGGUUACACUGCCCGGUACAACGGUAGUACAACAGACAUACGUCUCCACCCCUCUGGCUCUGACAGGGUAGGAGUGUAUCUGGACUGGCCUGCUGGCACUCUGUCCUACUACAGAGUGUCCCCAGAUGUAGGAGGGUGCUCAGACACACUGACACACAUCCACACCUUCCAGUCCGCAUUCACCCAGGAGAACCUCCUCCCUGCGUUUGGGCUAUGGGGAUUUGGUUCCUCAGUGUCUCUGUGUUGGAUAUAGCCACACACACAUACACAUGUGCUUAUACAGACACACACACACACACGCACACACACACACACACACACACACACACACACACAUAUAUAUAUAUAUAUAUAUAUAUAUAUAUAUAUAUAUAUAUAUAUAUAUAUAUAUAUACGGGCAGACAGGUUUGUAUGCAGGAUAUAAAGCAUAUCAAGGUCAUACGAGUGUCUCUUGGCUGUUCAUUGCUUAGCCAUCUCUGUAUUCCUACAGCAUUGGAAUACGUCGCGGCAUGGUGAGAUUAAAGGGGGACAGCCCGGUUGAGUGUGGGGGUGAUUUUCUAAUCCGAUAAAGCGUUUGUUUUGGAGAUCACCAGUUGUUAUCUGGAUGCAUGUCUGGAAUAUCCGCUUCUGGACCCCUGGAUGUACAUGUUUUGCAUUGUGUUGUUCUAGCAACUGCUGUUUAUGCUCUUAGGAGUCAACUUGGAGAUUGUAGUGUUUAAUCUAACACUCAACAAUGCUCUUAUCUCUUCUGAAAGUCUAGCAUGGUGAACUGUAAGAGCAGGUGACUUCUAAGAUCUUCCAUAGGGUUAGCCUAGCAGGUUUCAGAGAUCUAUUUUCAAUUAUUAUUAUUUGUUUUAAUCUUGAUAUGAUUAUUCGUAUUGUACUUUACUACAAUAUUUUGGAUAGAGUACUUCAUUAUAACAACAUUUUCAAACUAAAGGGCUCUGAUAGCCUUUUCUAUUUUGAUAAGCGUGUGCAACCUGAUUUAAAGCUGAUUUAAUUAUAUCUUAACAUCGAUUCCUGGUGUUUCUUUUGGGGGCCACACGGCAGAAGAACAUAUUCAGUUUUUUAAAGAUUUGUGUGCACCUGUUUAUGAUUUGUAAUGUCUGCUACUUAUACUUUUAUCAUUCUGUUCUGUGCGUACAUGUAAGGGGUCCUAUACUCCAUUGCAUUUGUUAAUAAAGCAUUAUGAUAAUAAACAACUCAGUGGAUCCAACUAAAUCAUCUUGUGUGUUCUUCCGCUGAAUCUUCCCUUCGGUUCAGUAGGAAUCCUCCAGGCUGAGCAGAUUUUUUCUCCAGAGCUCUCUGUUGAUUAUCCUAGCAGCACACCUGUGUCCUCCCAGCCCCAUGGUUGGAUCCCAGCUGGCCUGUAUGGGGUCCCCUGUGAGUUUGGAUGCGUGAUCAGUCCCUCCCAUGGCUCUUCAUCAACUCAUUGUCGGCUUAAAGGAGACAUAUUAUGGUGUUUUGCCAACAAGUAAACAUAGUAAUUGAGUUCCAGAAAACAUGUUUUUGAAGCUAAUUGCUGGAAAUAGCUUUUAGGAAAAAUAAUCUCGCCUACCGCUAUUGUGGUAGAAAUUACUGAUUAUAUUCUAUGGUAAACUGUGAUUAUUAUGAGGUCUUUAUAUCUAAUAGUGGAAAACACACGGUGCCUGGGGGUCUGGGUUUAGAACAGAUGGAGGGGCCCCUAAAAGGAGCAGGGCUAUCUUUGGGCUAUCUUUGCUGACCAUUUGUUGCCCAUUUGCUGACCAUUCAGGUUAAAAUGGAUUUAUGACUGAAUGGAGGCAGACACCUCAAGGAGAAGCUGCUCUGUUUGUGUGUAUAAAAAGACGCCGCAGUUUGUGAACCACAGUGACUCUAUAGACCUACUCAGGCUGUUAUCGUUGUUGUUUUUCUUCACGAUAAAGUCUUUUUUCAAUUCUUGCUCCGGACCCUUCGAUUUAUUUUACACUCUCUCUCUUAAAUUAGUCUAAGUGUUUUAAAUCUCGAUUAAUCUUCGACACUAUUCCCCUCUGUUUCAGUCCCUUUAGAAUGCGCUGUUUCUGGUGUCUUUAGCUUUAAUGCAAAUGAGCUGCUUCCCAUUGACCAAUGAGCUGUCAGACUGAAACACAGCAUGGAGGAGAAGGGAUUGUUCCCG